AUGGAGUCUGAACAAAAUAACUCACAUUCCUGCAUUAGGCCUGACAGCCCAGUAGAAGUGGAUUUAACUCCCAAAUUACCCAAUUUCAGAGAAGCAAAUUAUGAGCACUCACAAUCACAUAACUUUAGCACACAGUCACGAGAGGAAGGAACUCAACCUAAGGAGUGUUGCCAUGGCGACCCAGACUGUGGACGUAUCAAAAAAGAGCAGUUAUUAAAAAAAUCAUCAUCGCCAGAAGGCUUCGAUGUCUGUUUAGACUCCCACACUUGUUUUAAUGCACCUGCGAGUAUUGUUGAUACGGGGAUAAGUGAGCACAGAGAUAUUUCCACCCUAGCUAAGAAUAACCCGAGCACAUGUAACCAGAAAGAGAAAGGGGAGAGGAAAAACUCCAGAGCCACAAUUUCUGACUCCCAGAGAGGAGGUGAACGAGAAAAGAAGACAGAUUAUAAUUCAAUAUCUCCCUCAUUGGGCUUCGGCUCAUGUAAAAACCAUUUAAGUGAAGACAAACAGAAUACAGAAUCUAAGUUUGUGUUUUCAGAGCCUCAAAACACCAGUGGUAGUGGCAAUAAUUAUUCCGAUUUGAAAGCUAAGAGCUAUGACUCACUGUUGAGAGAGUGCCACUCAUCCAACAAUGAUGUUUAUAAAAACAAAUUUGGUGAAUAUGAUGAGAAAGAGAAAAUUGGAGCAGUAGGUUUAUCUUCUCAGCAUAAACAGGAUUUUUCACAUAGUGGAAAGCAGAAUGAAUACGAAUUUGACCAAGCUGCAACUCUAUCACUUCAACUGAAUGAGGUGAACCAUUUUAGCAGUGAAGAUUUCAGUCGAGAUUGGCAUUCUGCAUCACAUUCCAAUGACACAACUGAAUUGGUUUUGGUGGAGUCUAGAGUUACAACACACAGCACAAUAGGAGAGACUUAUAAUCCCGACUUUGGCACAGUAACAGCCUCUGUAAAAGCCAGCAAGAAUCAUAAGUCUUCAAGUUCUUCAUUGAGAAACCCUGUUGAAAUCAAUGCUGUUGAGGAGAAAGGUAACUCGGUGGAAAGGACUGUAAAGUCUAUUGAUGGCCAAGAGAAGGAGAGAAGAGAAACUUUAAUAAUUAAUUCUGCAGAUACCACUGGAGGUCUAGAGGAGGCAGAAGGUUUCCUGAGUGACAGUGAAUUUUUCACCACAGCAAACGAGAGCACAUUCCUCCUGUUGGAUCACUUCACAUCAACACACCCGGCAUCAGAUCAUAAACAAAAACAACAUCUAAUUGAGACUGAUGUCCAUACAAGUCCCAGGCCUGAAAAUCACAACAAGAGCAGUAUUAAUAUCCAUAUCAGAGGUCAGAGGGCACAUGCUGAUGAAGUCAUAAGUAUCCACAAGAAAGGUCAGAGGGCACCAGUAGAGGGAAACCUCCAGAGUAUUUCUACACAGAGGGCAGAGAGAGAAGACACAUUGCCAACCACAGGGAAAGAUCAGCUGGUGAAGUCGAGGAAAAGUGAAUUUUCUUCCAGGAAGUAUAAAAUAGAUGGUGGUGAUAAUAAUUACAGCACCACUAAUGAUGAUAAUGGUGAUGGCAGUACAAGGUUAUUUGCCCUAGGGUCAGAAGACAUCAUUUUUGCUGAGCAGGAGAGUCAUUUCCCAAACGAGGGUCAUCAUUUUCUGAAAAAGAACCCUAUAUUCCCAGGUGGAGUUUCAGCAUCAGGGCAACAAUUAGAGAAGGACAGAAGAAAAGAGGGAGGAGUUGUAAGCGAGGGGAGUGCAUGUGUAGGACAAGAUGAUAAUCACCACAUUGUAAAAUCACAGGAAUUCAACAGCAGUCCUGCCAUUAUCCCCCUCCUAUGCAAAGCAACGACCUUAAUUCCAGCUCAAUCUCUUAGUGAUUAUAAUAAUUACAACAGCAACAACACGCAACAACAGCCUUGGAGGCAAGUUACGAGUGAUUAUUAUUACACCGCGACCCAGGAGUCCCCAGCUGAGGGAAGAAACAUUACCAGUCCUACAUCAAACUGGGUUUGUCUUAGUGCUACAACUUCUACCAGUGAUUUAUUGCCCAGAUUGAAUAGGGGCACUGUGGGCUUCACAGGAGAGGAAAAGAACAGUGUAGAAAGUACAGAAGACAGAAAGCAGAGCACUGUUAAAACACAAAACGGUGAUGAUGAUGUUGUAGUACAUGAUACAGAGAGAAAACUGAGACGAAAUAGCAGUGAGAGUUGUACAACAGGCCAAGACCAACGUGAGAAAAAAAGAGGUAGGGGAAAUUUUGGAAAGUGUGUACCCAAUGAACUGACAACAAAGAAGGAAGAGCAGUUGAAUGGUGAGGAUAGAGGUGCCGAAGAAGAAAACUGUAGAAAAAGCACACACAAUUAUUCAGAGAAGUGCACCCAGUUUUCAGUUGAGAAACAGACUGGUACUGUUAAUGCUAAUGUGAAUGUUGCAAGCAUAGGAAAACAAAGUGCUGUAUAUCUGAAUAAUGAGCCUCUCAAUACAGCUGAUGUUCAGAGCAAAUGCAUUCCUGAGGCUAAUGGCCAUAAUGAUGACUUUGUUGAUGCCCCAGGCUCUCUGGUCAUUGUAGACAAGAAUUACAGUGACCAUUGGUCAUCUCCAUUGUUGGAUAUUAGUAACAGUUCCAGCAACUACAGGUAUAUUGAUGAUGGGAAGUUACUACCAGAGAAACAAGGUAAAAGUGACAAAGUUUUUUCAGAUGGGAUUAGAGAGAGCGCAGACUCUUUGAAUGAGGAUAAAAAGAAAAAUAAAAAGGAAAAAGAGAAGUCUGUGAGAGACAGUGUCGCAUCAGUCUGUGAGAAGAAAAGUGAAAAGGAUCACAGUCAGUUACCCAGUGUAGUGGACACUGAGGGGACAUUGACCGAGUUAAGAGAUAGCAGCACCCCCAUCGCAGACACAUUGAAAACACCUGUUCGGGGGCACUCCCAAGUAGACCGGGUUACUAACCAAAAUAUUGACUCAGAUCAGGCUGAUUACCAGGCUACAUCUUUGAGAAGAAGUGAUAGUAUUAAUACUAUUGCUGAUCAGGUUGUAGAUACAGGUGAAUUGAGCUCAAUUCAGGUGCGUGAUCCAAAGGAUGUUGGAGCUGUACCUAUUACUGUGUUGAGUUCAACACAGGUGUCUGAGCCCCAGGGUAAUCAGAGUGGGAGAAAAAAGAACCCCCAGAGACAGAGAAUUGUCACUUCUUCUACUGGGAAAAGGAUUUUGAAUCAGAAUUUUAGCCCUGCUAGCAAGAAAACCAGAAGGGAGAAAAAGAAUCAGAUUUUAGCAGAGAAUUUUAGCCGGUCUUUUACAAGGGAAAGUGAGAUUUCGAAAGAGGAUUUUAACUCCAGAGAAGAGGAAACUGAUGUAGGAAAUCAGAUCAGGAUUUUAACAGGAUAUUUUAAAGAAACUGGUGUUAAAACCAAAACUGGAAAGAGAAAGAGCCUUUUAACAAACCCUAGUCCUCAGAGGGAGAAAAUUACAGGUGGACAAGGGAGUAAAAAUUUAACACCUGGUUAUAGUCCAGUCAGCACAAAAACUGAUUCAAGGAAAAAUACUUCUAGGGAAAGAAGUAGAAUUUUAACACAACUGCAAUCAACUCCCACUUUCAAAGGAAAACAUUCCUUUAACGAGGUGGCCCUGAAAAGGUCAAGUGACACUUCAAAGACAAAUCCAACCUCAAAGAAACAGGGGAGGGAUUCCGAAGCAAGCCAGAGUGAUUUAAACCCCAGUAAAAAGUUCAAGGGAGGUGUUACAAGUGAAGCGGGAGACCAGAAUAAACAAACUUUCCCUGUAACAGAUGGUGAUACGCUAAACCCCUCAUUACAAGUCAACUGCAGUUUGGAAAAGAAUUCCACACAAAGUGCUGAUAUAUCAGGUUGUAGUGAAACUUCAGACAUUACUAAAGUGUUUAAGAAAAGUAGCACAACUGUAUUUAAAGCCAGUCACAACAGUGGCUGUGGAGGUGAUAAAAUCAGAAAGGACACCAAUUUACCAAAUAGCCCUUCAUUAGGCUAUGAAAGCUGUGAAAGGAAUGCUGCUACACUUGGUGAGGUAACAGCAACUGAUGCCGUUGAUGAUAUCUCUCAUACAGCUUUACCAGAGGGAAAGGGGGCAUCUAGGUCCAAGCACAGACAAAUCACAGGCCUAGAGGGAAACUCAAGUGUCCUCAACACCAAAACAUCCGUCACAGGGACAGAGGUCAAGACAUGUGACAAAUGGGAAGAUCUGAAAGGUGUCACAAUCGGAACUGCAGUCAAUGAAGUUGUCACAUUAAAUGACGAUUACUCCGGUGGUGGUGACAGCGAUAUAAAUGACAGUGGUAUAGAUGUUAUACGCAGGCAUGCAUAUAAAUGGGGGGCAUUAAUUUCGCCUGACAGUGACCCAGUUAAGGCUACAGUUAAGCCGACCCAUGACACAGAUGUUACCUUUAAGUUAACAGCCACAGGUGACGCUGGACAUCCUAGUAAUUUAAAGGAUGUGACCAACCAUUUGAGAAAUUCUCCAUUUGUUAGUCAGAUUCCGCUUGGAGGGGGUGAAAAAUCAUCGCAUAAUGACAUAGGAGGAGAAACGGGAGAAAUUGAAGGGAAAAGCGUGGGCUCAUGUAAUAUUAGUCAGAAUGACAAUUCACUGUAUGUUAAUACAAAUGUAAAUAGUGAAACUGUACACUACAGUGUUGAUAAGUCAGACAGGAAUAUAGAAUUCACAGGCACCCCCAGCCAUCAUUGGAGAAAUGAUUCCUUGAACACUACAGCUGAGUUGUCUGUGAACGAAAGUAGUUUGGGCUCCACGCAAAAACGCAAGCGUAAACUGAGCCGGAGAGGACUGUCCAAUCUUUUUCAAAGGAGAUCUAAGAAAGUGAAGCCUUGUGUGGAAGAGGCAGGGGAUACAGUUGAUAAGAAUAUUGCACCUGUAAUUAUAAAUGCAGAAAAAAGCAAAGAGAAUCGUGACCAGAAAAUUCAGAAAAAAGUAGGAAGAGUGACAAGAGCUUUGCUUCCAGACCGUCUGAAAGUUACAAAACAUAAGAAAACAACAAUAACAACAAAAGAAUCGGGCGUAAAAAAACAAGAUUCAUAUUCAGAUAAACAUCCAUCAAACCCACCCAGGCAAAGUCCAUCAGUAAAUCUUAUCAUCAAAGAUCGAACAAAUUUGCCUAGCAAUGAGGAUUUACGCUCUGGGGAAGGCCACCAGACGCCCAAACUCAAACUGAAGGAGAAACUCACUCAGGAGGCACUCGAAACCCCUCUAGGAGAUGAAAACCCCUUCUUGGGUGUCAAAAACCAGCUGUUAUCUAAUCUGAAAAUAAACAAAAAGGUGUCGGCGGAGCAGGAAAAGGUUAUCUUACAAACCUACACGGUUAAAAUGGAGAGACAGAAUCCACUGCUGAGGGUCCCAAAUUCCUCGUCCCCAGGGUCCCUGGGAGCCCGAGGAAAUCCCCAUCUCAGAAACAGUGGUAGUCAGCUCAGUAGAAACAAGGGGGGAAGUCCCAUGGUCAGCCAGACUCUGCCGCUGAAACUGGCCAGCUCCAGUAAGAUCAGCUCCAAUAAAACCAAGAAGCAGAAGAAGCAACAGCAGGAGGGUUUAAACGCUGCGUCUCCAUUGGAAAAAGGCCAGGUAGUGGAUAAUAGCAGUAAGGAGGGCUCACAGGAGGAGAGAGGCUCUCGUACACCUGUUCUGGGUGUUCUAUCAGCUGGUAAGGACAUGGAAACCAAAGGAGGUCGCAGAAAAAUCAUGGGCUUGUUCGAGACAGCUGAUAAGAGAAAAGUUCCACAGGCAGGUGAGACGGAGUGCGCCAAGCAUAUAGGUGAUACGGAGCAUUCAAGACUGAUUCCUGAUGAUUUUGAUGACGAUCUUAUAGCAGAUGUGGAUGGUAAUUGUAAUGUUACAGUGACAGGAACAGCGUGGAAUUCAAGUUCAAUUCCUCGGCUGAAUGGAUCUUGUUUGCCUACUGAAAGCACCCCGAGAUUCAACCAGUCUGGUAAGACUGUUUCACAUGGAGUUAGUACCCUGAAUUCAAAGCUUAUUUCUGUGAAGGAUAAAUCAGAAAAAAAAGAAAGCCUUCGGACAGACUACAGUGGAUCUUACAUAAAAAACAAUUCUAAAACAUCUUUAAUGAGUGGAGAUUCUAAAACAGAUCUGAAUGUAGGGAACAAACGGGUACUUCAAAGUCCCGAUGAGCAAAACAUGCUCAAAUUUGUCAAGACAAAUUCUGUGUCAAAUGGUGCAAAAGCAAGUGAAAAAGUAUCAAGUGAUCUUAUGGAGCAUAGUGCAAUGGUAACAGAAUCAUCCAAUCAUAUUGAAGCUCAUUCAGCCACGACACGUUCCAACCAUGACAAAAAUGUUCAUGAUGUCGAGCAUACUCAUGACAGUAAAGUCAAUGCGAAGCAACAAAAUGACAGUGUUGUAGAAGGCACUCUUUCUCAAGAGGAGACCAAGGAAAUAAUAAUUGAGACAAUUUUUCCUUCGAAAGUACGAGAUUCGCCGUCUCCAUCCAGAGGACAGAGAGAAGAGCCAACAGUGGAACAGGUGCCAUCUGUUGUCAGAAACCCCAAAACUAGGUCAGCAUCACAAUUGCCAAUGCACUUGGAGAAAUCAUUCCGAACCUCUAGCAUGCGCAGCAAUUUGAAAGACCAGAAAUCCAUUCUGCCAACACAUUUGGAGAAGACGCAGAGUCAAAGCAAAUUGAGAAAGACUUUGAGCAGGGCCAGCAUGAUGAAAAGUGCGGCAAAAAUUGCCAGUAAUAAGUUGAAAAUGGAAAAUACAAGUGAAGGACAUGAAAAAGGUGAUACAGAUGAAUCUGGAGGGCAAGUUCAAAACAUACAUGGCCAUACAGUUCCAGUUUUAGAUGCCAGUAAAUUAUCAAAAUCUAAGCUCCAGCCCAGAGGCAGUGUACAGAAGACAAAAACUUCUGAGGAGAAAUCAUCUCAACUACCUGUGAAAUCACCAUCUUCUAAGGUCAGUCAUGUGACUGACAAACAACCAAUCAGACGCUCACCUUUGAGACAAGACAGUAGGGGAAGUGGAAUUCAAGACAAGACAAAAGAUAGGUUUGGUAGUCAGGGAUCAGUGGCUUCUGACAGUUCUAAUAAAGUUUCUAAGACCUUAGCAGUUUCUGGACAGAAAAGCAACAACAUCGUCCCUACGUCAAAUUCCAGAAGGAGCAUGUCUCCCCGAUCACCAUCAACCUCCAGUAUACCAAGGAGAAGUUUGUCACCAAAGACUACUGGAUCGAAAAUGUCACCAACUCGAAAACGGAAUGAUUCUACAGGUUCAGAUAGGCGUGGCAGUACGAGUAGUUCUCUCAGCAAAGGGAAUAUCGAAAAAGUGAGGAGCAGUGUCCCAGAUAAAUCACUUGUUACCAGACAGGAAACAAAAAAUACAUCACCCAAGGCUAGUGAUAGCAGACGAAUGGCUGGAACGCCAUCUGGUGGCAGGGGUGUAGGAGGCGUGACUCCCACACAGAGGACAAGACAGGCCGGAGCAAGUGGUGUCCCCAGAACGCCGCUGACGUCUGCACCACCGCCACAGAAACCAACAUCUAGCAAACCCAAGACACACUGCAGUUCCAGGUAUUCUAACCACUUUGAAAUAGAUUUCACCUAUUUAUCAUCAAUUUUGUCAAAGAAAAGGUUUAGCCCAAAAAAGAGCAUGCUGUCUAGAAUGACUUCUAACAACCUAUUUCUGAACUUUUACAAAGUAUGA